GCCAAAGGAAGAAAGAUGAAGGGCCAGUUCGCCGUGGUCUACCACUGCCGCCAUCGCAUCACUGGAGAAGAGUUCGCGGCAAAGUUCUCGUCCCGAUGGCGUCUCGGCGCCGACUGCACCUCGGACAUCCUGCACGAGGUGGGCGUGUGCGCGCUGCUGCGACAGGCGCAGCGCACCGUGCAGCUGAAGGAAGUGUUCCGCACCGAGACGGAGCUGGUGCUCGUCAUGGAGUACGCCGCCGGCGGAGACCUGCAGACGCUGCUGGACGAGGACUUAGUGCCCUAUGAGCGUGACGUUAUCAGCUUCACGCGACAGCUCCUUGAGGGACUCGUGAAGGUGCACGACCUGAAUCUGGUGCACCUGGACAUUAAGCCGCAGAAUCUGGUGCUGAUGGGGGAAUUCCCGGAUUGCGAUGUCAAACUGUGUGACUUCGAGAUCUCCAGAUUUCUGACGCCAGGACGAGAAGUGCGCGAAAUUCUGGGCACCCCGGACUACGUGGCUCCAGAGAUCCUUCUCUACGAGCCAAUCACAAAGAAGACGGACAUGUGGUCCCUCGGCGUGCUGGUGUACGUGCUCCUGACGGGGUUCCUGCCCUUCGGAGGCGACACAGACCAGGAGACUUUCCGCCAAAUCUCGCGGGGGGAGCUUGACUUCCCCGAGGAGCUCUUCGAGGACAUCUCCGCCGAGGCCAUUGACUUCAUCAAGAAGCUACUCGUCAUGCAGCCUGAGCGUCGCAUGAGCGCCAAGGAGUGCCAGAACCACGAGUGGAUGAAGAAGGAAGUGUCCAGACCCGUGCCGUCAGACGUGGUCCCCCCCAAGCCCGCUGCGCCGCCCCUGUCAGCACCUGCAGCUCCCGCACCCACGACCCCAGCAUCCACGACUUCCACACCCACGACCUCCGUACCCACGACCUCUUCUGUCGUCAUACCCACACCAAUACCGUGCAUGCUUCCUACAGCCACACCCACCACACCCGCGACUAACAUCCCCACGCCCCCAAAACCCGUCUGCACCACACCCAUACCCAUCCCACUCCCACCUGCACCUGCCACACCCGCAUCCUUUGCACCCUCAGCCUUCACACCUGUCACAGCAGCACCCUUCACACCCGCCACGCCUGCAGCCUUCACACCUGCCACACCCGCGUCUUUCACACCAUCUGAACCCAACACACCUGCAUUGCCAGAGCUUAGCACGCCCACCGUUGACAUCGGCCGCCCACCGCUGCACCCACUCACCCCCGUCAAGCAGUUCGGCCCCGUCUUCCCUGAGCCCGGCUCCUCCUGCCUGAGUUCGCCGGUCACCGCCGUGCCUCACUCAUUCCUCCAGCGGUCUGAGUCACGCUCCCUGUCCAGACACAACCUGGACCGCAUCAGAAGCAUGUCCAAGUCCCGCGAGGUCCUAUCAGAGAGGAUCCAGAUGUCCAACCUGAAGAAGACGAUUUCGAAAUCACGAGAGAGGCUCUUCGAUGCCAGACUGGGACUGUCCACAUCCCGGGAGAAGCUGAUGGGUCUUCGGUCCUUCUCUCAGUCUGUUGAGGCCCUGUCAGCUCUCUCUCACUUAAACCAGGAGAACGCCGUCUACAAGAGCUGCAUCAACAUCUUCGGCCCCAUGAUCACCCCCACCACGAAGGAAGUCGACGAGUGCAGGAUGUACAAAAGUCUUGCUGCCAUCGACCAGAUCGACGAGUUCGAUUGUGGGCACAAGCCUGGCUACUUCGAGUCCAGGCUCUCCAAGGACGAUGAAGAUUACAAUGACAUCGUCACCAUGCACAACACCAACCUCAACUCUGUCAUCACUGUCCAAGACACCAGUAAGCCAGGGAGCGGCAGCUACAUGGUGAACGAAGCAAGACGGCGAGGUGGCCGCGGGGCUGACAUCUGCGACAAGCGAUGUCCUCGUCACAACCACAGGCAGCCCGAGGCACAGCCCACCCAGAGGAUCCCAAAGGUCAACCGAGCUGAGAAGAUGAAGAAGGAGGCACAGAGAAGGCGCAAAGAGAAGAAAGAAAGGGAAAGGGAAGAAAAAGAAAAGCAGAGAGCACUUUCAGUAACUGACGCUGAUGUCAUAACUCGCAACAACAAAGCUACACAAGAGAAAUCUGGUGACAGCACAACCUCUCCUGGUGGGCGGCGGCGGUCCAUGUCCCACGUGGAGCAGCGCCUAGCCGAGAGACACGAACGCCAGCAGGAGAGGCUAGAAAGGCAGGAGAGAAGGAACAGCCUCAGCCACAGAAGACCAGACACAGUAGAUCCUGAUAAGAGUCCCGUCACCGAGAGGCAGCGGUCUGGGAAAGGCGUCGGCAGCCUUGCAGUGCCGCACGAACGCCCUCGCAGCUCCACUCCCACAAGGAAGACAAGAAGCAAGAAGCCAUCGAGUGGCGGCAGCGACGUGUCCCAGGCGUCCUCCCUGGAGAGUGUGGAUGGAAGUCUGGAGAGUCCACGAGCUCCACCACGACCCCAAAGGCCGACCUCCCUGGACCUGCCGGAGAUCAAGAUUUUCCCCGACGAGGUGGCUCCAGUGUGCCUCAGCGGAGACGUCAACGACAACAUUCUGAAGGAAGACCCGCGCGGAGAAAUCGACGAGGCCUACGUUUCCUUGGAGGAGCCAGUGCCCUGCAUCAGGAGCCAAAUUACUCCCACGGUCUGCAUCAGCGAGCCAAGCACCACUACCACCCCCACCACCGCCAUCACCACCACCACCACCUCCUCCUCCUGCUCCUCCUCUUUGCCGCACGCCACCAGGCCUGAACGUCCAGUGAGGAAAUUCACAGAACUACUAGACAACCCACUUUUCGUCAGACAAGCCGAGAUCAGUAACAAAAACUGUGUCCAAAACCACCCAGACGGCGAACCCACUGAGCCCAACAGUGCCGACCAGGAGAAGGAGAAGAUCCCACAAGUUGUCUUUGAGCGCACCCCGAUCGGUUCAGUUGAACUCUCCAUCAUCGAGGAGGAGGACGCACAAAGUCUGAAGAAGCCUGCAUCCUCGUUCUUUCGGUCCAUUUCCACCAGCAGCGACGUGGGGAGCAUGGUGAGUGAGAGCAGUGAAUAUUCUCUGGACAGGGAGGAGAGCGGCGCCCGCAGUCCAGGCAUCGACACUGACCUCACUGUGGAGUGGAAGAGCCGCAGCCGAGCCACCAGUUUCCACAACAGUCCCAUCCCGCCCAAGCCGCGUAUCAGGUCCAGAUCGAACUCUUUCAACCUCGAGUCCCCUGUGAAUCCUGCGCGCCCCUGGGGAACCCUCUGCGACGGCGCCGUGGCGCGAGCCAUGGAGAAAUUCAACAUGAAGCCCGAGGAGCAGCCUCACCCGCCCGCCACCACGGAAAAGAGCAGGCGCCAGUCCUCACCCGUCAUGUCCCCGUCAGCAGGCGACGUCCCCACGAUGCGAUGAGACUACCAGUGACGAAUCUUGACCAUACCAAUGUUUCCGCUCGUCUCCAGGAACCACUAGUCCACUGUGUGCCCACCAAAUAUUGUUGCGUCAGUCAUUAUUGUUCAGCAGCUAACGCGUAAAGACACAAUGAUCAAUACUUAAUACCAAUAUAAUAACUAAGUCACUUAGUUAACCUUUCAAGGCAUUAGUUUAACCAAAUGUGAUGAAGGUAAACACAGCACGCAGCACCCAAGUUACCAACGCUAGGCAGCACGUCCCCCGUCUGCCGUUUGAUCCUCGCCGCUAGUCACCGUCCUGCUGGCGGGCACAGCAGGUGUCUGGGCCGCUGUGCCUCGGAGCGGUUAGCCGUCCCUUUCACAACACCGCGCCAGCAACUUCCUGCAGCGAGUAAACUACCGCCUUUUUCCUUCGUUUCGAUGUGAUGCAAGUCUUCUGCAGUCUGAACAAGUCUUUCGCGUUUGAACGGCGCCGUGUUGCCAUGAAGGUCACGGUGCCACGUAGCAAGUAAUCAAAACCCUGUGUGUGGAUGAUAAUGACGUUCUAGUUUUCAAUAUUUGAGAUGCGAUCCUUGAGUCGCGAUGUGAAUCACUGCGUGUCUGUGUUUGCCUUCCCUUCCUCCUCAUCCCAGACGUGCCUGCUGACGCGGUGCUUCUUAUAAAACGGGUAUUUUACACUUCUGACCACACUGGUGCCGUGCUCGGCCUGCCUCGCCCCCAGGAACUUCUCGGCGUGACUCUGCAUUAUGGGAGGAACCGGGUGAUCCGCUUACUCAAACCCCGAUGCUAAAAUAACCAAAAUAAUUUAAGAACAUGAUACAAACAACGUAAUUAAUCUCGCGUAUAAGUAAAUUCAAAUCAAGUGCCUUUAAGUAGGAGAAAAUAGUGCCUUUUAUCGGGGUGGGUAAGCUGUAGUGUAUGUUUCUGUCACCUUCCCUGUGUUUGGCAAGUCGCCGCUCGGCCCCAGCCGCUGGACGGAGGGACAACAGCAUUUCACUCCUGGGACGGCCGCAGGCAGGACAGGGCGGCCCAUCUUGACCUUGAUCUUCACCCACCACCUCCACACGUUGCCAAGUGCUGAUGCUUUUGUAACCACAAAUACAUAAUUCCAUACCAAUAAACCUCUACGAAGCAUGAUUUUUUUUGUAUUUCACUUGAUAUAAUACUGGAGAGGACAAAGAGCUCCAGUCCAUGUAUUUCAGUUCGGGUUUGUACUACGCAUUGGUAGAUGAUUCAUAGCCUACUGAUUGGUUGGAAAGGAAUUUUUAUUGUACUGUGAGAAAAUAACUGUUUUACUAUGUACGCAACCUAAUAUCUUUUUUAAUCUUGUAGGAGUAACGUUUGGUGUCACUAUUAUAAUGAAUUAGUUGUGUAUGGCAAUAGGAACACGAUUUAGUUCCCUGCUUGUUAUACAGCCACAAGUAUCUUUUCUCCUGUCAACUAUUGCUUUUUAUAAUAACACCAUUAACCUCUCUUUUAUGUGCAUUACCAACAUAUAAACAUUGUGGGAUACUGACCCUUAAUAAAUGUUCAUGGAAAUAAAAAAUAUGACGACGAUGCCA